CGGCGUGCGGUCGGUCUAGGACAGGCAGCUGUUUCCUUCGGGAGGUCGGAGUUUCGGGGCUGUUGCUGGCUGUCUUUCGGAAGGGGCUGUCCAGCCUCUCUCUCUCUCUCUCCCAGUUGGAAACUGGCAGCCCAGCGGCUAUCCAAGGCGGGUGGAGAGGUCUGUCCUUGUUUUGGCAAGGUGACUCGAACCCGAUGAGCACACGAAUACACUCGAGGGUACACCUGUUUAUUGCACUACAUUUCUCCCGUACCAGCUGUGUACAGCAGAUUGGAGAUUAAUCAGAGGAAAACACCAGUGAGACUUCCCUGAAACAAGCCUUUGAUACCGGACUGGACUGGUUCUUGCUAAGUUGGCCUUUGACAAGCUUUUGUAAGGAAUACAAAUUGACCAUAACUCAGUGAAAGUGAGAGCUUGAGAAAGCUUGAGAAGAUUGAGUUUAUCAUUAUUAUGAACUAUGGACCAAAGUGCAGUUGACAGUCCGGUGACCUUAGUCAUCAAGGCACCCAAUCAGAAAUACGAUGAUCAGACUAUAAACUGUUUUUUGAACUGGACAGUGGAAAAACUAAAAUCGCAUCUUUCUAAUGUCUAUCCCAGCAAACCGCUGUCGAAGGAUCAGAGACUAGUGUACUCUGGAAGACUGCUCCCAGACCAUCUGCAGUUGAGAGAUGUCCUUAGAAAGCAAGAUGAGUAUCAUAUGGUUCACUUAGUGUGUGCCUCUCGGACUCCACCUGGCUCUCCGGAGCCCAGCGGCAGUAACAGGACCCAGACACAGUUCAGUACGCCAGCCCCUCCCAGCUCCGCGGGCUCUUCGAGCUCGGGAACGUCCUCGCCCGCUGCGCCCCCAAGCCUGGAGACCCCGUUGGCCUCCAGCAGUGUGAACUCUGAGAGCCUGCGGUAUCGUGGAAGUCCUCGCCAGCCCACCAGCCCCGAGCACAACCAUGCCCCUCACAGCUUCACGCAAGGACACGUGGGGAACCAGUUUCCUGGGCCACAAGGACUUCCUGCUGGCUUCCCCUUGUAUCCCGUUUACCACCCAGCGCAGGUCCUGUGGUGGCAGCAGAUGUACGCUCGGCACUACUACAUGCAAUAUCGGGCCGCUGCAGCCUCCUCCCAGCCCUCCGGUCCCCUCCCGCCGCCGGAGCGCGGGGUCCCCCAGUCUGCGGAGCCGCCGCCGCCGCCGCCGCACGAGCCCCCCGCCCUGCCCGAGGACCGGCCCGCCAACCCGAACGUGCAGAUGAACGCCCAGGGGGGCGCGGUGAUCAACGAGGAGGACCUGAACCGCGACUGGCUCGACUGGGUGUACACCUUCUCCCGCGCCGCCAUCCUGCUCAGCAUCGUCUACUUCUACUCCUCCUUCAGCCGCUUCGUCAUGGUGGUGGGCGCCAUGCUGCUCGUCUACCUACACCAGGCCGGCUGGUUCCCUUUCAGAGGGGAGCUUGCGAACCAAGGUGGAGGGGGAAACCCAAACGAGCAGGAGGCCGAGCACCGCCAGGACAUCCAGGAGAUGGAACGCAUCAUGGACGAGGGGCUCGAUGAGGACGGGGGAGACGGGGGCGACACCCCCGCCGAGGACCCGAACGCCGUCCCCCACCCUGGCUUCCUGGCCUCAGCCUGGUCCUUCAUAACCACCUUCUUCACCUCCCUCAUCCCGGAGGGUCCCCCUCACGCCGCCAACUAGGCCCGGAGCGGGAGAGCCGCUCGGCCGCUGGCCCACACGUCGCAUUAAAGACCAGACUGGCGAACCCCGCCGCGUGGGUGUGGAUUGUAACAACGGGGGGCCUCCGGCCCUGUCUGUGAAGUACCCUUUUGUUUUCUCGUGGUGUUGUGGAUUCCCUCCGAGUGGAGUGGGGGCGGGAGGGAGUUUCACUUAUGCCUGGCAUAAGAAAAGGGCUGUCAGGUUGUUGUUUUUUCCCCCACUUCUAGAGAUAAAACAUCUGGAUCUUGAAUGCAGAAACGAACACCAGAUUCCAUUCAUAUCAUGUUUGAUAAAACCCUAGGACAUUUACUGUACAGGAGACCCCCUCACUACUUUGCAGAAGGUAAAGCGUUUUUGAAUAAGUCAGGCUUAUUCAGUUUCAGACAAGCUGCAACCACUCUGUUAGGAGCGUUCUGGAGAGGUAAUCAGUUCUACAAAGCUAUGUGGGAUCUUUUUAAGGGUCUUUUAGAGGAGGUUUUAAGUCCACUCUGGGUCUUGUUAACAUGUUUUGUAAAGUAGAACGAUCACAUCUGUAAAUAAUGAUGGUUAAAAAAGACACUUCUCCGUGCAAAACCCAGUUCCGAAUUGUACAGGACAGAGCUGUCACUCAAACACCCAAAAGUGAACAUGGCUUUCUAUUAUGUAAGAAAUAUUAAAAUCUCAUUUUUGUUUUUAUGCCCAUUGAUAGUUUACUGUUUGGGGCAUAGAGUUAAUUAAAAUGCUUUUUUAUAACCAAAUGAUUAGCAACUGGAUAUUAAACUGGAACGUGCUCACAAAGCAUAAUUUAGUGAGAGUUUACCCAAUUAGAGACAAUUGGUUGCGAGCUAGUUUCUUCUGGUCAAGAGUUUUAUUUAAUCAUUGCAUGUAGCACAUGAUUAUAGUACAUCCAUUUGGAUUCUGCUACAUUUGUUGUUUUGUAAGAGAUGAAAGAUGCUAGUGAUCAACCUGCCUUUUCUUUAUUUUACUAUGCUUGUCAGACAUGCAUUAAUCUAAAUUAUUCCUGGUCUGUGCGAAGCAACUCUUUCCAGUAGAGGGCGAUCUAGGUCUGUUAAGUGAUACUACUCCAGGACAUUUCUUGUUCAGGAGCGUGAACUGUUGAGGCCUCUCGUCUUUCUCCGCAUCAGUAUUUUUCACAAGCUGACAAAACUGCUAAGAAAAAGUUUUUUAAUCACUUUAAUUAAUGAUCUUGUCUGGGCAAGUAAUGGAAGACAAUCCUGCUUUCAGGAAGACUGGUUUAAAAAUGCCUGCAGAAGGUGUUCUCAGCCAUCCAAGUUUUAGUGUAAAAAUGUAAUCUGUUAAAACAAGUACUAUCUUUUGAACAAAUGUAUUAUAAAUAAAGGCUUUACAUAAUUUUCUAAAAUGUUGCUUUUUAAAAAAAUGAUCAGGCUGAGUACUGUUGAUUUGAGAAAGCUGGAUGAAUAAACUGUUACUUGCGAUUACAUAUUAGCUAGAAUAGAUGCACUUUUGUGGAUGAGCUUGAAUCAGUAAACUGAAGUCAAUGAAAUCAAUCGGGUUCAUACAAAGUUUCUAUAGCACUCAUGGAAGCAAGCGGCAGUUGUAAAGCCUAUAUUGAAUAGCUGUGGAAAUUCUCCCAAGUCCAAUGGCCGAGCCCUUACGAGCAGACAGGAGUGGCAGGGGGAAGACCGAGGGCUUGAUCUCACCACGGUCUGGUGGUGGCCAGCCGUGAUCAUGAGCUGCAACACAUUGACGACCCAGAACAAAAAUCUUUCUUCUUGUCAGAAGGCUGCUGCAUCUUGGCCGGAGCUCGGCGCUAGAUCUUCGUUUUGCUGCCCUUUUAAAGCAGGAUACAAACACGACCAAGGAAAGACGAGCAGCAAAAGGUGAAUGGGCAGAGCCUCAGGCCAGGUUCGCGGUGGACAGGAGGGAGCUACAAGACUGGAGAAAGACAUGGCCGUGGAGUUAGGGUGGGGAGGAGUCUCUGAAAUAGUGUCUGAAAUAAAGUUCUUCAUGGUUCUAAAAUAA